GACGAUUUUCUCCUUAGAGUUGAAAUCAAUUACAAGUUUACAAACUAGAUUAGUAACUUGUAGACAGUUUUCUACUACCACUUUAUUAUUCUCUUCUAAAAAACGUACAAAGAUGCCACCAAAGAAGCAACAACAACCAGAACAAAAGAUCAGACUUGGUAGACCAGGUAACAACCUUAAAAUGGGUAUCGUUGGUUUACCAAACGUUGGUAAAUCAUCUUUAUUCAACAUUAUGACUGCUUGUGAUCUUGGUAAAGCAGCUAACUUCCCAUACGCCACCAUCGAGCCAGAAGAAUCAAGGGUCAUCGUUCCAGAUGAACGUUUUGAUUGGUUAGCUGAUCACUACAAGCCAGCCUCAAGAGUUCCUGCUUUCUUGACUGUUAUUGAUAUCGCAGGUUUGACAGCUGGUGCUUCGACUGGUGCAGGUCUCGGUAACGCUUUCUUGUCACACGUUAGAGCAGUUGAUGGUAUUUUCCAAGUAGUCAGAUGUUUCGACGAUGCAGAUGUUAUUCACGUUGAAGGUGACGUUGAUCCAAUCCGUGAUAUGGAAAUUAUUCAAACUGAAUUGCGUUUGAAGGAUCAAGAAUGGUUAGAGAAAUCCGUAGAUCACCAAAAGCGUGUUGCCAGAUCAGCAAACCACACCACUCUCUCUGGUAAAGCUGAACAUGAAAAACUUCAAACUACUAUCAAGGCUUUAGAAACUGUUACAGGUGACCCUGAUAACGGUGUUGAAGGUAUGGACAUCCGUAAGCAACAAUGGACAGCCAAAGAAGUCGAUGUUAUCAAUGCAUUAAACUUGCUUACUGCUAAGCCAAUCAUCCGCCUUGUUAACCUUUCAAAGCGUGAUUAUUGUCGUAAGAAGAACAAGUGGUUACUCAAGGUUAAGCAAUGGGUUGAUGAAAAGAACCCAGGUGACUUGAUUAUUCCAUUCUCAGUCGCUCUUGAAGAAGAGUUGAUGCAGCUCUCUGAAGAGGACAGAGAAAAAGAAUUAAAGAGCUUGGCUGAAGAGUACAAAUUACCUGUCACUCAAUGCCUUGGUAAAAUCACCACAGCCGGAUACCAAUCAUUGGAGCUUAUUAGAUACUUCACCUGUGGUGAAAAGGAAGUUAGAGCAUGGACCAUUGCACAAGGAACUAAGGCGCCACAAGCUGCAGGUAUCAUUCACUCAGACUUCGAAAAGAACUUCAUUUGUGGUGAUAUUAUGACAUACGAUGACAUUAAAGAAUACAAGACCGAAAAUGCUGUUAAAGGUGCUGGUAAGAUGAGGCAACAAGGUAAGCCUUACGUCAUGAAGGAUGGUGAUAUUGUAUACUGGAAGAGCAACGCUUAGCUUUAUUUGUCUUUUAGCAUCUGUAAUAGUAUAUAAAUUUGAUUAAAAUUGCAUUGUAUCAAUCAUUUUCUGGAUUAUUUGAGUAUAUGUUUUAUGAAGUUGAUUUAAAUGUUCAAGUAUAUAGUAUGUGUAGGGUGGAUUAAAGGUAGAAGAUGUCUCAGAUACCUCCUAUUCAAAAUAUGUAAUAAUAUGUACUUUAAUAUAAGGUAAAGUCAACUCAAGCUUAAUAUAGAUCUUCUCUAAAUCGCCUUAUACAAACUCGCUGAUAUGUUCACUUGAUAUAAAUGGCCCAAUUCAUAAGACCUAUCCUCUGAAAUUCACUUUCUUUAAGAGACAAUUUUGAAAGUUCUACUUAACAUAAUAUAC